UCAGCCUUUUCCGCACUGCGUGUUUGUGCUUUGUCGAAUCAGAACUACGCUCUGGCCAUAAUUGUGCUCAUUCUAAGUCUCGGGCCUGCCAUUACUAACGCUGUAAGUACGAUGCUUGUUCGAACCCUUGGACCGUCGCACUUAGCUCCGAUGUCUCUCCAAGUACUACACAGCUCAUGCCUCCAUGAAAUACUCACCUCCACCGGUUGGUGCAUGUAUCGGAACUCCUGA